AUGCAUCUGCGGUUCCGUAUCGCAUGUAAAUCGCGUACGGCGACGUCGCAAAUUCAUGUUCGACGAAAUGUCACUACGAACACUGCACCACGUAUGACACAGGUUGAAAAACUCGUGCGGGAUUCAAUAAAGGCAACAGGACCAAUGUCCGUAUCGACGUACAUGCAGUUCUGCCUUUCUCAUCCAACGCAUGGAUACUACAUGAACCCAGACAAUCCCGUCUUUGGCAAAGCAGGCGACUUCAUCACAAGUCCUGAAAUCAGUCAAGUAUUCGGCGAGCUCAUCGCAAUCUGGCAUUUAUCACGUUGGCUAGCAGCGGGCCAACCACCACGUAUCCGGAUAAUCGAACUUGGACCAGGACGCGGAACGCUUGCCGCUGACGCGCUUCGUACAUGGGCCCAGUUCCCUGCGGCGCGUGCGGCCUUGAAGAAUGGAGGUACGCUGCAUCUUGUUGAGACGAGUGAUGCGAUGCGGAGGUUGCAAGGCGAGACGUUGAAACGUUCAGGCGUACUUGGGCAGUUUGAGAACUCGAAUGGGAAUGAGAAUGGUGGGUUUGUGAGGUGGCAUGGUGCGUUGGAGGACGUACGUGCUUCUCAGCCGGGUGUUGAUAAGGAUACGUUCACUGUGGUCGUUGCGCAUGAGUUCUUCGAUGCAUUGCCCGUGCACAUCUUAGAGAGAACGAAAGACGGAUGGCACGAAAUACAAAUCACCACCUCACCCGACUCAACCGCUAAAACACUCCUUACCUCAUCCUCUACAUCCUCCCCUCAAUCAACGCCGCAAACCGAGUCAGAGUCAGAGUCAGAGUCAAAUCUCCCACCUCUCCGUCUCGUACGCAAUCCAGAGUCAACGACCCUCUCAUCCUUCCUCGGCUCCCUCUCUCCGCGAUAUACAUCCGUACCCAACGGAGCUCGACUCGAGGUGUCACCAACGAAUUUCAAACUCGCGCGUACACUUGCCGAGCUUGUGAAUGAUCCCCAGGGCGCUGGUGGAAGUGCGUUGAUAAUUGAUUAUGGACGUGAUGUUGCGUCAGGAAAGUCCCUACGCGUGAGUUCUUACUUGACUUGGGCAUUCAAAAAGCACAAGAUCGUUGACAUUUUCGAGACGCCUGGCGAGUGCGACCUCACCGCAAAUGUCGAUUUCGCACUUCUCAAAGAAGCUAUCUCCAGCACAGCAAACUCUUACGGCCCACUCACUCAACGCGACUUCCUCAUAAACAUGGGCAUCGACGCACGCGUCUUACGACUUUCCGCUUCCAAGGCCGGUACAGACAAAGAAGGGAAGGAGGAGAUCGUGCGUGCUGCAAAGCGGUUGAUCGACCCGACGGGAAUGGGCGUGCAGUAUAAGGUACUAGGUGUGACUGGAACUGGUGCACGGGAAGCUGGGGAGAAGGAAAGGGAGGAGGUAUGGCCGUUCGUUAUGCCGGCGCCGGGGAAUGCGAAGAGUGGUGAGACGAAGUGA